AUGCGUAGUGCUGGACAUAGCAGUCACAACAAUCUUUUAAGUAAUCUCAUUCAUGCAAUGAAUCAUUCUCUGCCGUCAUCAAAUACAAUGACGACGUCAGGCGAUGGUGCCUCAAUAUCGUGUUUAAAUAAUUCGGCAAAUCGCCAACAGCCAUUAUUACAAGGCACACUUUAUAAACUUCAUAAGAAAAGUGGGAAGAAACAGAAAUAUUUCGUAAUAUUCGAUGAUGCACCAGACAAACCUGGAACAGCACGACUUGAAUAUUUCGAUAAUGAAAAGAAAUUUCGCUCAUUAAUGGCUAAAAGUCCUGAUAGUGGAAUUACAAAUCAAAAACGUAGCAUUAUUCUAUGCACAUGCUUUAACAUAAACAAACGGAUCGACACACCCAAAUAUAAGCACGUAAUCGGACUAUAUCGAAAAGAUGAUACAUUCAGCAUCAUUAUGAAAGAUGAAAAGGAAAUGAAUGAAUGGUUGAAGCAACUUCUUAUUCUUCAACGGGGAAAAGAAUUACUCGAUGGCGAUCAGCCACGACCUACAUUUGAGCACGUCUGGGAGGUAAAUGUAAUUAGACGAGGAUUGGGUGAGAGUUAUGGCAUUAUCGGUAGUUAUCGAUUGUGCAUUACUGAUACCACACUGUCACUUGUUCGCGUUGGGCCAGCAACUACGAGCGCUGGUGAAAGUCGUGUGGGACAUGUUGAGUUUGCACUGGCAAACAUGAGACGAUGUGGCUCCACUCUGAGUGUUUUCUUCAUGGAAGUUGGACGUUAUACUCCGAUGGGAGCAGGCGAAAUAUGGAUGGAAACAUUCGAUCCAAUGAUAGCUAACAAUAUGAGCGAAAUUAUACUACAUACUGCUGGAAGCAAAAGAUCAUUGAAAACAGAAGAAAAUUUCGGACCAAUCAUGCGAAUUCGUUCGCAAUCUGCAAAUGAAGCUUCCAAACCAAUGAAACCACAUCGUUCAGCUAUUGGAAUUAAGCCAAAUGUUAUGGAGACUACCAAUUUUGCAUCCGAUUCAACAGAAUCAUCGUUUUCUUCUGCUACCAGUACAACCUCAACCAGUACGGUAGUUUGCAAUUUCAAUGCGCUUAAGCCAAAAAACAAUCAGACACAUUCAGUGAGUCAAACAUCACUUCAGUCAACGGGCAUCGCCACAGUUACUUCCAAAAAACAUAAUCCUUCAGCUGUAGAUGAGUAUAAUAAAUGUCAGCUACUUCAAUGCUCAUACGCUAAUCUGACGCCCUAUUCAACUCAAAAGGAUCAACCAAACGUUUCAACAUCAUCUAAUGAUGUUUUAACGGAAUCAUCCACCUCGACAAUCUGUCAUCAAAGAGCAUUUUCUUUACCACAAAAUUCAAAUCUUAACGUUAACAAUGACCAUAAUGUACCAUCAUCAGUGGGAAAUGCAAGUAAUAACAAUGGAAAAUCAUUUACCAUUGUACCGGUGCACCAGCGAACUAGAUCAUUACCAUUAACUGAAGAGACCGCGAUUGAUAUUUCUCAAUCGUCUCCAAUUUUUGCGAAAUUUCUUCCAUUAUCAUUUGGAGUAACGAAUGUCGUUGAAAACACAACGAACUCAAAAAUUAACAACAAUUCGAUGGAGAGUAUCAUUGAAGACUAUCAAAACGUGGAUUUGUCGAAUAAUAUUAGUGUUCGGUCGAAUAACGGUGGUAAUACUAGCAUCCUAAAGCAGUUAUCAAAAAUAGGCCAUAACAGUGCAUCUUCACCAUCACAGCUUCGUAAGAAACGACAGCAUCACAAUGUCAUGACCGCGUCAUUGAGGAGUACGUAUCAUUAUCUACAUACAUUCACCAACAACAAAGCAAACUUUAAAUGUUGUGGACAAUCAUACGAUAAUACGAGAACAAGAAGUGACAGUUUAAAUUUAUCGAGAAACAGAACAAACAGUGAUAGUAGCGGUAGUGCUACAAAUCCACCCCAGAAUGGGAAUUUCAGCUAUCACAAUAACAACAACAGCAUGCCACCUCCGAAGAAAAUCCCAAAUCGACCACUUUCAAACAUGUUUAAUCAAAAGAGUAGUCCGCCAAACCAUCAAUCACCGCUUAGCCCUCCGUCAGCUUCAUAUUCCACUGAAAGUGACGGUUCGUCGAUAAGUAUCGAUGAAACUGAUUUUCCUCAUCAGAUGACAUCUGACGAAAAAUAUUAUCAUAUGAAAGAAUAUCAAAAGAAGAACAGUCCUGCCCCUCCUGUUUCCAGUGAUUAUAUGGAUAUGGGACCCUACAGCCCUUACGGCAGUAGUCCGGGGGAUCCAACAAACAAUUCAAACGUCUAUAUGCCAAUGUCGCCUGGUGUUGAUUACCGUGGAGGAUUAUAUACAAGCAGUUCAGGUGCACAUAGUCGUGCAUCAAGUCUUGCUGAAGACAAUGAAGGUUACGUUCCUAUGCAUCCUAGUGGUACUAUGGAUACGAUCCUUCCAACUGAUGACUAUAUAAAUAUGCAUCCUGCAGCAAGCAUUAACAGUAGUCAAACUUCAACGCGCGGCGGAGAUAUUAGUUCAGCCACAUCAAGUUGCAGCAUCACCUCAGGAACACCCUCAACUGAUAUAAGAUUUUCUGAAUAUCAUUUGGAUAAAGUUCAGGCCAGAUUUACUCCUUGUGAAGAUGACGACCUUUUGGAGAGACAUCCACGAACAUAUUCAGUUGGAAGUAAACCUGAGCAAGCUAAAAGAAAGCUUCACAUUGACCGUGUUGCAGCAGAACAUUCGAAUCAUCGCCAUCGAGCAUAUUCUGUAGGAUCAAGAAAUAUUAAAGUGACAAGAGCGGAAUUGACAAGUCAUAGUGGAAGUCAUACUCCAUCACAUAAUUCUCCUACAGCAACUAAUCAUCAUGAGAUUAAUAAUAAUAAUAAUAACAGCAGUUCAAAAAACAAAAAAUCUUCAAGUGCGCCUUUACUUGCUAACAAUUCAUCAAAGACUGCAUAUGGAAGUUUCGACCAUAUGGACGAUCUCAUGGAGAUUGAUUUUAGUAGUCGAAGUACAGAUUCGACAGGAUCAAAUCUCAAUAAUUUAGGGAACACGCCUGUGAAAAGUUCACCAAUGAAUAUCCCAAACAAAGCUAAUGAUGAUUAUAUAAAUAUGUCAGGAAGACAAUCAAAACCUAACACGCCUUCAAUGUCCCCAUAUGUUGAUAUGAGACCGACUAGCAUUCGAAGAAUUAGUGAGAAUACAGAUAAUGACUACAUGGAUAUGAAUCCACCCUCAACAGGUUUGAGAUCAUCUAAUAGUUUAUCUAGCUCACCACUUAAAAUCACAAGUGCACCUCGAACUGUUCCCUUACCUCCCACGUCACAUAAUAAUCAUUACGUGGAUAUGUCACCGCGUUCCUACGAUGGAGGUUCUAGAAAAACCCGAAAUACUUCCUCUAUAUCAUCUCUUUCAUCUGCUAAAGCUCCAUCUGAUGAUUACUUGAACAUGAGCCCGGUGAACAAAAGUCUAAUGGAAGUUGAUUUACCAAAACGUUCAAGUGUGCCAAAUGUUCCCGACGGUUAUAUGGAAAUGUCUUGGAAAAUCAAGGGAAAUAAUUCAUCAUCAAAUAAUGAUAAAAACAAUGAGAAUCCUUCGUCGUCUUCUGAUGAAUAUAUCAAUAUGGAUUUUAGUAACAAUAACGAUGUCACUGGUACAAAUGAUUCGAACUCGUCAGCGAAAGAUCGAUCAAUUUCACUUCCAAUCAAUAUUCAGAAGCGAUACAGUAGUUGUAUCCGAUCAUCGAAAACAGCUAAAACGGGAAGUGUCGAAGGUGCCCCUCCAGUUUUUCUUCCGCUAGUGAAUCCGAUGACAGUUAGUGUAAGUCCAACAAGAUCUUCAAAUCGAACACGUUGCGAUUCAAGAGACAGUGGAAUUGUAACACCAUCAAGUGGAUCCCAAGCCACAAUUUUCCCAUUCUCACCAGCAAGUCCCAACAAACAUUUUGAAACUUCAGAUGACUCUAGUUUGGCAAGGAAAUGCUUAGUUGAUGGAACGACAGGUACAAUCAAAUUAAGUGAAGACGAUAUAAUUGAAGAAGAACCACGCACGCCUGUUCCAACAGGCAUGACAGGAAAAGUUGUUGAAAUUCUCAGCAGUGAUUAUGCGAUUAUGAAUCUCGGUGAACCUGUUUCAAAGAAACCAAAUCUUGCAGCAACGCCAGUUCAAAUGAAAUCGUCAAAUACUGCGACAAGUAAUUUUUCACUUGAUGCGGACUCAGAAAACCAUGAUUACAUAAACUGCACACCUAACGCGCCUUUUUACUCAUCCUCUAAUAUUUUAACGCCGACUCCAAUUUCACUAGCUCAACCAGUGGCAGCUCAUACAAUAAAGAAGGAGUCCGACGACUAUGCACUCAUGAAUCCGGGUAGAACAGUAGCCUUGUCGCCAGUUCAAGCAUUUAAAAAUAGUGACGUUCCACCACUUACUUCUAAGAAGUCACUUCUCUUAACGCUGUCAAGUCAAGAAAGGUUAAACAGCAACUCAUGCUUCAAACCAAUCGUAGAGGAUGAUGGUAGUCAAACUCAUCCACAUUUUCAUCGGCAAACUUCUGAAAAGAUUCGGCAGACGUCAAAUGAUGCUGCUUAUGAAAUUCUAUCACGACCAACUUUUUCUCGUCCGAAUUCAGUGAACAGUGAAAAGAUUAAAUGUUCGAUAAGUUAUCUCUCGAACAGACCAAGCUCAGCAAAUAGUGAACGCUUGGUGCUAAGCUCUACCUCAUCAUCAACUUCUACCUUAUGUUCGUCAUCACAGACACUCCGUAAUAUGAUGGACACAUCAGCUGUACCUUCACCAAUGAGUGGAUCUUCUAGACCUGAAUCAGUCUCAUCUGAUAUUCAUAUGGCAUCGCGUCCACCGUCAGUAACCUCCGAACGUGAGCUUCAUUAUGCGAGCCUUGAUUUGCCUCAAUGCAGUACCAUCACUUCCUCAACAACACAGAAGAUGGAUGUCGAUCCGAAAAUGGACUGUUCCAUAAGUCCUAGUCCUCAACAAACAUCAUCAUCUUCUUCAUCAGCCUCAUCGCAACAAUCUCAGCAAGCUUUCAUAUAUGCUCAAAUCGAUUUUGAGAAGUCUGAACUUUUGAAAGCUCAACAACAACAAAAUCAAUCAGGUAGUAAUUCAUAAAAAAAAUAUUAAGAAGUUAUUGUCUGGCAAGAAGGUAACUGUUUUAUUUUACAAUCAAAACAAAUGAACAGCAAAGGAAUAGCCACAUGAAAAUAUGGCUGAAAAAAUGAGAAAAAAAAAUUGAUUAUUGGCCCAAAUCUGCACCGAAAUUUAAGUGGUGCGGAUUUCGGUCUUUUACCUAGUAUGACAAUGCAAUUAGAAGAUAUUAAAUAGAUAAAUGUUUCACGCGUAUUAACAGAAGAAAUAAUUUAAGCCGACGAAAAGAUUAUAAUGUAUUUAAUCUUGAAACUAUAAAUUGUAUUUAACUUAUAUUUAAAACCUAGAUUCUAAGACGAUAGUUAUGAAUAAGUUAAGGGAAGUAAAAUAAAAUAAUUUUAAACUAAUCUUGAAACAGAAACCAAUACGUUUAUGCAUGGUAUACUAAUUCAUUAUAUAAUAUAACAUAGUGCUUAAGAAUGCUAAGCUAAGAAAAAAUAAAUUAGUAAUAUCAUGAGUAGUUUAUACACAUAAAUCGAAUGCCAAGAUGAGAUUUACAGUUGAAACUACAUUUUAUAAUUUCAAAAGGCCGAAUGUCGAAAAAUUUUCAAUUAAAAAAAAAGAAUUCAAACAAAUUUAUCAAAUCAAUACAUCAAAAAAUUUGGAUUCCUUUCUAUAACAAAGAGACUGCCAUUAAUUACCUUGAUUUUAAGUAGUAUAAGUACAUAAACAAUUAACAUUUUUAAAAAGGAAAGCAAGAAAACUUUUAGUUCUUGUAUUUGUUAGAUAAUUGAUUUUUUAGCACAAUAAAAUCACUGAAAAUAUAGAUAAAUUAAUUUGAAUUUCUUGUUUUUAAUCCACAUAAACAAUUUAGACAAAUAAUUGCUUGCAACAUUAUAUGUAGAUAUAUGGGUUGAAAUAAAUUUAUCAAGCAUUGCUUCUUUAUCUUAUUAAAAAAACUGAGUGACGCCAAAAGUUUUACUGGAUUUAAAUUUAGCACCAUUUACGCUUUAAUAGUUAGACAAAAUAUUUUGAAAGUUUCAUAAAAAUGACUUAGAAUGUCAAGCAACUUUUAAGUCUUACUUAUUGUGUAAGAAAGUUGUAAAUUUAAAAGAUAAUUUAUGUAACUACCGCUAGACUAUAAAAAAACGAAAAUUCAAGAAUUCUACCAAAAAAGAAAGGCUCACUGGAAGUUUCAUACAAUUUGAAUGUAAAUUGUGUAGACAUCACAUGUUCGAUCAAUGUAGAUCUAAUAAACAUAUAACUGAAAUCAAUUUAGCAAACAUAAUAUCUAAGAAACAUAAAAUAAAUUGGAUGAGAUGAAUACGUUAUCAAGUAUUUAGUUAUUAAGGAAUGAAUUCAAUGUAGAACGUGGAAAAUAUUUACUCAUUUUAUAAUCUAUUUAAUCAGCUACAUAUUGAAAAAAUCAUGAGAAAAAGCUAUUUAAGAAAACCAAAUGAACAUGGGAAAACAUUUUGUAAGUCAUUAGAUGACAUUAAUUGAAUAAUAAAAUAAAAUAUUUAAGCUUUGCUUCAAGAAUUCACAUAAGUUACGAUAUCGAACGAUUAACGUACGUGAGUGUGCAAGCGAUUUUCCGUUUAAUAUAGAUAAUACCGAUACGGAUAAUUGUUGAAUUUCAAUUUUAUUAUGAAAAUUUUAUUUUUUUUUUGUUAUUGAAAUUUCUAUUUUUAUUUCAUAUUUUAUCCUUUCGAUCGAGAGUUGACAUUUUCUUGUAAUUCGUCUGAGUUUUCCUAAAUAUUUUUUUUUAUAAUUUCAACAUAAAAAAUAUUCACACAAUAAAAACAAAAUUUAUGAGUUAAAAGACUUUUUCUUUUUUCCUUUCCCAAUUUUUCUUUAUAAUUUUAUGUUUACACUUGCGUACUUAGAAAAAUAUGUUUAUAAGAAUGACGAGGAUGAGAUACUGACGUAAACGCAACACAGGAAUACAAAAUACUUUAGGGAAUAUUUUAAUAUUGUUUAUCGUUCUACUUAUCGCCAUGUAUUGUAUAUUCUAAUAUCUUAUAAAAAUUAAUGUGUAUAUAUCUCCCAAUCUUCUAAUAAAUUAAUUAACAUCACAUUUUCAACAACUAUUUUCUCUAAGAAAAAUAGAAUUCAAAAAUGGUGCUAAAUUAUUCCUAAACCUAUUUAACAAAAUAAUGGUAAAAUAAAUAAAGUAACUUCUUUUAUAAAAUAAAAAAAAAAUCAUAAAAAAAAAUAAUUAAAAAGUAAUAUUUACUGCCAAUAGUUUAUCUAAGAAAGUUUCUCUUUUUUAAUUUGCUUCCACGUUAUCAUGCAUUCUGGUCGAAAAUUAAAUAGAAUUGAGAAUCGAUAUACAUAUUUUUGUAUUCAAAUUUCUAAUCUAUUUAUUAACUAUUCAUCUAAUUAUACUUAUAAAUUCGAAAUAAGCGUGGUUUCAUCAAUUUUAAAUUAGGGUGGAAAAUUUAAGGAAUAUUUUUGGUGUUUAUAAAUCAAAUCAUUUUCCCAUUAAUCUGUUAAGAAAAAAUUCAGAAGAUAUCAAGUUUUUAAAGCAUUUUCUCUAAAUAGAAAAGAAACCUGAGUUUUCAAUAUAUAAACUUAAACGGAGUUGCUUAUUGGAAAGCUCAUGGUUCUAAUGUCUCAAAAAGACAAAUCUCCCCGAAAUAUUUCUCCCUUUAAUAAAACCACCACAUCAGUAAAACACGAAAGAAAUUGAGUGUUGUGCACUAUUUAGCAUUAAAGAGAGUAGAUAGCCAAAUAUACAUUUUUUGAAAAACAUAGUUAAGAGACUUAAUGUAGGUGGAGGGAUCUUUUGAUGAACCGAACCAGAACAUAAAUUGCAAUACCAAAUUGUGUUUCAGAUAAUUACGUUAUCAAUCAUUCAAGCUGAACGAUGUUAAAUAGUUUCAAUGCCGAAAACAUGUUCAUAAAUUACAAAUUUUAUUUUACAGAUUUUUCAGUUCCUUUUUCGUCUAAGGGAAAAUAUUUUCUUAGAAUACUUUGCAUUUCUAGAAAUAAAAAAGAAUGAAAAACGGAAUAUGUAUCUGCAAUCCUGCAGAUUUCAAUGAAGAUAAUGUUGCCUCUAUUUAAUUUUUACAAGCUUUCGUUUUUUCCUAAGGCUAAACCUUAAGCAGAAUGCUUUCACUAUGCAGAAGACUACAAAAUUUGAUAUUCACAAAUCUGUGCGUGAUAAAAAGAUAUGCGUAAAAAUGUAUGUUUUCCUAUCAAUUUUUUAAUAGAGAUUGAACAGAAUUUUAAAAACUUCCAUGAUAUUAAGUAACGUUGAAAAAAGAGAUUUCGCUUGUUCAUCUGGAAUAACAAUUCAAUUUUUUUUUCAUAAAGUAAAACCAAUACGUUGAUAGGCAACAAUAUCUUCAAAACUAAAACAAUGUUCCAAUAAAAUUAUUAUUAAAGAAAUAAUUUGCUUCUCUAAGAAAUGACUUAAGAUAGAAAAUUGUAAGCUUCGAGCGAUGAUAAGUUUGCCGGUUUAAUUUAGAAGAGAAUAAAUGAGUGUUGCAACAUAAAAUUAUGGUAAAUCAAAUGACAUAGUUAAUUGAGAAAAUAAAAAAAAAACUUUAAAAGUGUAAGAAAAAUACGAUUAGAAUAAGUUAAAAAGAUUCAGUUAAUUUAAUUAAGUUAUUUAAUUAUUAAUAAUAAAUUAAAUUAUUUGAAACUUGUAUUUUUAUUAGACUACUUACGAUAUGGUAUAAAUAUAAGACAUUAUAUGUUAUACUUUUUUGAUGAGUUGAAAGAAAUUUGGAUGGAAAGUAAAUGAAAAAUAAAAAUAAUUGUAAAUCC